AUGCGGAGCUUCUCAUGGGUGUUUGCACUCUGUGCCGCUGCCAUCCACAAUGUGGCUGCCCACCGCAUCAGCACGCAUUCCAUCGACACCAGCGGAAGCUCUGUCAUGAAAGAGGAGAACGAGGAAUCCCCUCGCCGCAUCGAAGAGCUCAUGGAAUUCGGCGCCCAGGAUGAACCGGAGAACAGCACGGACCAGGAAGGCCGGAGCCAGGCUACCUCCGCCGUGAUCACCGCACUGGACCAGUACGUUGCCCACCAAAAGUCCAGAAGUGAGUCUCGAAUCGAUCGGCAAAGGGCCGAGUCCAUCGAGCUGUUGAAGCAGCCAGCUGCUGAGCAGAUUGUCUCCGCCACGAAUGCUUACUUCGAGCAGCAGGCCUCGAUUAUCGAGCAGUUGCGCCAGGAGAAUGAACAGUUGAGGAAGCCGGGCUACUUCGAAUGGAACAUCUCAGGGGAAGACUACUCGGGCCUGGCGAAGGACGAGUCCGUAGAAAGUCCUCACUUCAGCCUGGGUCUCGGCAGCGAGUUUUGGCUCAGGUACUAUCCGAAAGGGACUGCAGCGGCUGGAAAUGGACAAGCAUCGCUGUAUUUGAUUCGCAAUGUGAAGGCUGCUGCCUGGGGAACUAUCUCUGUGGACUCCGUCUCAAAAGAUUUUAGUCCUGGCAGUGAUCAGAACAAGUUUGCUUACAGCUGGGGCUUUCCAGAUGUGGGGGCAUCCGGGAAGCACCAUAUACUCAGUGUGAAUAUAACGAAGGUGGAGUUCGAGGCUCCUCUGAACUUCACCCAGUAG